AUGGCCAGAAACUCAAGACUUUUCGAGCCCCUCAAGGUGGGCAAUAUGAAGCUUCAACACAGAAUAAUAAUGGCGCCAUUGACGCGCCUCCGCUCCGAUGAAAACCACGUUCCCAUAGUUCCGCUUAUGAAAGAAUAUUACGGACAACGUGCAUCGGUCCCUGGUACGCUUCUCAUUACUGAGGCAACAUUCAUAUCUCCAGAAGCAGGAGGCAUGGACUCCGUGCCAGGUCUGUGGACGCGGGAGCAGUUGGAUGCUUGGAGAGAGAUUACAACGGCAGUGCAUGAAAGAGGAAGUUAUAUUUACUGCCAGCUCUGGGCACUGGGGCGAGCCGCUUCGGCGAAGAUACUGCGCAAACAAGGCCUGGAUUUGAUUAGCAGCAGUAACAUCCCCAUCGACGAGAAGAGGGCAACGCCAAGGGAGAUGAGUGAGAAAGAGAUUCAGAAUUUCAUCGAGGCAUAUGCAAACGCGGCCAGGAAUGCCGUGGAGAUUGGAGGCUUCGAUGGCGUCGAAAUCCACGGAGCCAACGGAUACCUCGUUGACCAAUUCACGCAGGACACAUGCAACAAACGAAAGGACCGGUGGGGUGGGAGCAUCGAAAAUCGUGCUCGUUUUGGUCUUGAAGUUGCGAGGGCGGUUGUGGCAGCUGUAGGACCGACAAGAACGGCUAUCCGUCUGAGCCCGUUCAGCACGUUUCAAGGCAUGCGGAUGAAAGAUCCGAUCCCUCAGUUUUCUUACCUCAUUCAAGGCCUCAAGGAUCUUAAACUGUCAUACCUUCAUCUUAUCGAAGGUAGAAUACAGGGCCCUUUGGAUGCUGAGCCGUCGGGCGAUCUUCGUUUUGCUGUAGAGCUGUGGGACUCAACAUCUCCCGUGUUCAUUGCGGGAGGUUACAACUCCGAUCUUGCGGUUCAAAAGGUGGACAAAGAAUAUCCCAACACAGAUAUUGGAAUCGCAUUUGGGAGGUACUUCAUUUCGACACCUGAUCUGCCGUUCAGGAUCCAAAUAGGCAUUCCUUUCAACGAGUACAACAGAAAAACCUUCUACAAGGUGCGCAGUCCUGAGGGCUAUAUCGAUUAUCCCUUCAGCAAAGAGUGGACCAACUUCUCUGCCUUGCUGUGA